AUGGCUGGUCAAGUUAUUGUAGAGCACCGAGCAGGAGUAGAGGUCUGCGCCGAGAUCUACCUGGGGCCCAGCAAAGGUCCCCACAGCCUCUCCCGCUGCGCUAAGCCACACCCCCUUCCCGCCCUGCCUGCGACCCCCGGCCCUGUAAGCCUGCAGUCUGCGCGCCCCCGCCCGGCGCAGGCCCGCAGCUCCGCCGAUUGGCUGACUCGCAGCGCGCCCCCGCCCCCCUCCCCCCGAGAUCCCGUUCAAGUUCGCCUCCUUCUAGACCCUCGAUACCCUCCGGGACCCCGCCUGCCUCAGGAAGCGGGGCGACAACCCGGCGGAACCUUCCUCGCCCUUCCCCACCCCCCACCGCCCGAAGAGGUCGGACCCCGGAGCGCCCCCCGCAGGCCUGGUUCCCUGUCCCCUUGGUCCCCCGCCCCCUCCUGGCCUGCUCCGUGUGACAUGCCCACCCUGGGAGGCGGACUUUCGAUAAUACCGGGUCCCCGGCAGAGGCGCAGGAGAGCAGACCUCGCUCACAGGUGUUUUCCUACCCCUCAGAUGGCGAUGACCCCCAAGCCGGCCGGACCUCCGGAUGGGGGCUGGGGCUGGGUGGUCGCGGCCUCUGCCUUUGCGGUGAAUGGGCUCUCCUACGGGAUGCUGCGCUCCCUGGGCCUAGCCCUCCCUGACUUCGCCGAGCACUUUGACCGCAGCGCCCAGGACACUGCGUGGGUCAGCGCCCUGGCCCUGGCGGUGCAGCAGGCAGCCAGCCCCGUGGGCAGUGCCCUGAGCACCCGCUGGGGGGCGCGCCCGGUGGUCAUGUUUGGGGGCAUCCUCGCCUUUCUCGGCUUCGUCUUGUCGGCUUUCGCCCGCAGCCUACUGCACCUUUACCUCGGCCUGGGCCUCCUUGCUGGCUCCGGCUGGGCGCUGGUAUUCGCCCCCGCCCUGGGCACCCUCUCUCGUUACUUCGCUCGCCGUCGAGUCCUGGCCGUGGGACUGGCGCUCACCGGCAACGGUGCCGCCUCGCUGCUCCUGGCGCCCGCCUUGCAGCUCCUUUUGGACACUUUCGGCUGGCGGGGCGCCCUGCUCCUCCUUGGCGCCAUCACGCUGCACCUCACCCCCUGUGGCGCCCUGCUGCGACCCUUGACCCUCCCUGAGGACCCCGUGGCUUCCUCUCGCGGGCCCUUUGCAGCCCUUGGCCUGGGUCUCUUCACUCGCCCAGCUUUUUCUGUCUUUGCUCUGGGCACGGCCCUGGUGGGGGGCGGAUACUUCAUCCCCUAUGUGCACUUGGCCCCUCAUGCCUUAGAUAGGGGUCUAGGGGGGUAUGGAGCAGCGCUGGUGGUAGCAGUGGCUGCAGUGGGGGAUGCAGGCGCCCGGCUGGUGUGCGGGUGGGUGGCCGACCAGGGUUGGGUGCCCCUCCCUCGGCUGCUGGUGGUGUUCGGAGCUCUGACAGGUCUGGGGCUGCUAGCCGUGGGCCUGGUGCCGGUGGUCGGGAGCGGGGACUGGGGGGGACCUCUACUUGCAGCAGCGGGGGCCUAUGGGCUGAGCGCCGGAAGUUAUGCCCCGCUGGUUUUUGGGGUCCUCCCAGGGUUAGUGGGCAUUGGAGGUGUUGUGCAGGCCACCGGACUAGUGAUGAUGCUGAUGAGCCUUGGGGGGCUCCUGGGCCCUCCUCUGUCAGGCUUCCUGAGGGAUGAAACCGGAGACUUCACUGCCUCCUUCCUCAUGUGCGGCUCCUUCAUCCUGUCUGGCAGCUUCAUCUACAUGGGGUUGCCCAGGGCACUGCCAUCCUGUGGUCCAACUUCUCAUCCAGCCACACCACCCCCUGAGGUGGGAGAGCUGCUUCCAGUUCCUCAGGCUACCCUGCUCACCCCGAGAGGCCCUCAUCCCACUGUGGACACCGCUUGUUAA